ACCACAAACUCGUCUUAAUUCGUACACCAAAACCACCAAGAUCCCUCUAAAAAUGGCUCAACACUCUUUUCUUCUCGUAUGCUUCUACCUCUCAAUCUCCUCGAUACUAUCUUUUGGCCAAACUGAAGCCAGCUCAAUCGAGAGUUUGGUUCCAAGAUCUCUCUACGACUCAAUAUUCAUCCACAAGGACAAUACCGCUUGUCCCGCAAAUGGUUUCUACACUUACGAAUCCUUUGUGCAGGCGACGAGGCGGUUUCCGAGAUUCGGGGGCGUAGGAAGCCCCGAGACGCGGCGGCUCGAAGUGGCUGCGUUUUUGGCUCAGAUUUCACACGAGACUACCGGAGGAUGGGAACUACAAUUACGGACCGGCCGGUCGAGCCUUAGGAUUCGACGGUCUACGGAAUCCAGAAACGGUGUCAACUAAUUCAGUGAUAGCUUUCCAAACAGCACUUUGGUUUUGGAUGACGACGCAGAGUCCCAAACCGUCGUGCCAUGACGUCAUGGUCGGGAGAUACCGACCUACGGAGGCAGAUUUGGCCGCUAACCGUAUCGGCGGUUUUGGUUUAACCACAAACAUAAUAAACGGUGGUUUAGAGUGCGGGAUUCCUGGAGACGGGCCGGUUAAUGACCGGAUCGGGUAUUUUCAAAGAUAUGCUGGGCUAUUUAAAGUAGCGACUGGGCCUAAUUUGGACUGUGAAAAUCAAAGGCCCUUUGCUUAAAUAAUUAAUUUGGUUGACCCAAAUAUGUAUUACUUUAGUACACAAAAAGUCAACAACUAUCUAUGUAAAGCUCUCACACAUGGAGCCAUGAAGGUGUUUAAAUUUAUUUUCUGUGGGUUGUCUUUUGAUUUAAUGUGAUUUGAUGGUUUUGAUUUCAACUGCUACCUAAAAUAAAUUAAAUUAAUUGAGACAAAGUUA